UACAGAUCAACCAUUCUCUCAACCAAUCGGAGAUCGUGUUUGAAAGCUCGGUAGCCAUAUUUACAAUGGUGGACAACCGAACUAUUUGAAAUACCAUUGUGUGUGUUUGUUCAUUUAUACCUCCGUAAUGAACGUAGAAUUAAACGAUGGUGUUAUCAUGAUGGGGUAAAAAUCCACUUGAAUUUAAAACACAAAAAUACAGACAUGUUAGUGUUUGACUAAAGAACGACACAACAUCAGUCUACAUUGUGUGCAGACAUUGCAGAAAAGGUUAUUCAUGUCAAAGAAAAAUGUAGCCAGUAUAAUAAUUAACUAAGCAAUUCUUUAAUCGACAUGGUUAAAGACAGUGAGAAAGAAAGACUCUCAGAUCCCACCUAUGCAAAGUGGUUGUUAGACGCCAUCAACAAAGUGAAACAUCAAAAGCAGCGACCAAACUUUACUAGAAUAUGUAAUGCUGUUCGACAGUUUCACCAAGUAAGCGAGGAUUCCAUUGCUGAACAGCUUGAACUCACAGUCAAAGAUGGAAUCAUCUUGAAACUUGCCAGCAAGGACGGAAUUUGGACAUAUCGCGAUCCUUCGGGGACAACACCAUGCAAGAGUAGGAAUCUGAAAGUCACUUGCAAUAUGGAUCUAACAAAGAUCAUCGUGAAAACAAUCAAAGAGCUGGCAGAUCCACAGGGUGCGAAUCUGAAAAAGAUCAAGAGUUACAUUAUCUCAACAUAUAACUUGGACUUGGAGGAGGGGGUAGAGUUAGGAGAGCAGCUGAAAGUGUCUCUAAAGAAAGGCUUGGCCAGUGGACAGCUCCAGAGAGAGGGGCAUUAUAUCAAAGUGGGGGAGAAAGGUCUGGAUGAGUCCACGGCCAGCUCAAGUAACUCAGGAUCGUACGACGAAGAUUCAGCCAGCGACUUGUCAUUCUGCUUUGAACAGAAAACAAAAUGUGCCAAACCGAUUCUAAUCUGCUGUUUUUGUCUUGGUGACGAACACAAGAACAGGGAGGGUGUACCAGAAGAUCUGAUCUCGUGUGCAGAGUGUGGCAACAGUGGUCACCCUUCAUGUCUUAAGUUUUCUCCAGAACUGACUGAAACAGUUCAAAAGCUGCGAUGGCAAUGUAUCGAUUGUAAAACCUGCUCCUUUUGCCAGAAAUCUGGGAGAGAGGAUAACAUGUUGUUUUGUGACCUCUGUGACAGGGGAUUCCACAUGGAGUGUUGUGACCCACCUCUUACUAAAGCUCCAAAAGGUAAAUGGAAGUGCAAUAUCUGUGACCCUGACCGAGGGAAUGGAAAGGGCAGACAUUUCUUAGAGAUGGCAGCAAAACUGGCAAAGAAACCCAAACCAAGCAAAACUAGCCACAAAGAAAAAAGUGAUAUAGCCAAAUGUCCAACUCCUGGGUGUGAUGGGACAGGCAAUGUAAAUGGCAAAUCAGCAUACCACAGAACACAACUUGCAUGUCCCAAGUUAACAGCGCAGCAAAGAAGAAUUUGCAGAAUAAAGAGAAAAUACAACAGCAAUAAAAAUGGGGAUGUGUCCGAGUCCGAUGAAGAGACUGGUAAUGUUGACAAGUCUAAAAGCAGGCGAACUAACGAGCACCCCUCCUCCUCUACUGUUGGGUCCCGUGAUUCUUCAGACGAGGAUGUGAGCCACACCUUUGAGCCUUUUUUCAACAUUGACAAGCCUAAAGGUUUAGUCGAUGGUCUCUCAAAAUUUUUCACCCCAACAAACAAACGCACCUCUCGCGUUUCUCUCAAUUCCUACAAUGCAGAUUUGGCAGCCAUUCCUAAACAUAAAAAGAGUGAUCAGACCAAAAGUAACUCUCAACAGGCGGCGAGUCGUCUGAUAAAAAGAUCCAAAUACCUACAGGCCAAUAAAGCUCGCAAAAAGUGUGUAGAACCAAAGGGUAGUGGGCAGUUAAAGGGCUUGUUUGAUGGCUUGUCCCAUUUUUACACAGCUCGGGGUGAUAGAACCAAGCCCAAUGAACAUUUAGACAAUAGCAAAAAAAAUUCUAAAUAUGACUUUAUUCCAGUUAUUGAUGAAUCAAUGUUUACUUCUGUGAAGGACAAAUCAGUAGAAAGUGAUGAUUCCUCAGUUUCAUCAUCAUCAUCAUCUGGAGGUUCAUCAUCCCCUUCAGAUGAUGAACAAGAAAAAUCUUUUGAUGCCCCGUCCAAAUCCAGAUCUAAUGGUCUUUUGACUGGAAAACAUCAGGGGAUCAUAAAGAGGAGGGGUGCAGGGAGAGAAAAUAAACAACUGUUUGAAAGACAAUUUGGGUUGGGACGGGGGAUUAAAAGGGGAUUUGGAAGGGGACCAGGCAGGCCACCUUGGAAGCAUUUAAUUGGAUCAGUGUAUAAAGGGAGGGAAAGGAUUAUUGACAAAAACAGUUUGAAAAAUCUUAGUGAUAAGUUAAGCAGAGGAAGUGGCUUGAAAAGGGGGAGGGGCAAAAGUCAUAGUGGAAGUGUAAGUGAGAGAACAGGAUCAAUCAAGAAUUUCUUCACUCCAAAAUCUGCCUCCACACCAUCCCCACGAGGAAGAGGGCGGGGAGCCGUGUCGCAUAAAAAAUCCCUGGCUGGCAAGUCGCCCCACACAACGCCCCGCGGCAGAGGACGUGGUUCAGCGGCUGGAAAGCGCCCAUCCAGUGUCAGUUCACCCUCAUCGGACAACUCAGACCAGGAGGAGGUGGACACGUCCUCGGGACUACCCCCGGGGGUCACGGACGAGGAUGUCCAGUUGUUCAAGCAGGCCCAGGAAAAGGCCCAGGAAGCCCUGCUGGAGUUGGAAUUUGCUUUACAGGAUGCUGCCAGACAGAAUGGGGAUUCUGCACCCUCACCUGCCCCAGCCCCCCUCCCGGCUGUCCCGGGGGGUCCAGGCAGGUUCCCACCAUGUAUUGAGUUUGGAAAAUAUGAAAUUCAGACAUGGUAUUCCUCCCCAUAUCCCCAGGAGUACGCCAAGCUUCCUAAGCUGUACAUCUGUGAAUAUUGUCUGAAGUAUAUGAAAAGUCGCAACAUUCUGCAACGACAUAUGGAGAAGUGUGACCUCUUACGUCCCCCUGCCAAUGAGAUUUACAGGAAGGGGGAGCUAUCUGUGUUUGAGGUGGAUGGAAAUGCCAGCAAGAUUUACUGCCAGAACCUUUGCCUUCUAGCCAAACUGUUCCUCGAUCAUAAGACACUUUAUUAUGAUGUGGAGCCCUUCCUCUUCUAUGUUCUAACCGUGAAUGACGAGUAUGGCAGUCAUCUGAUUGGCUACUUCUCUAAGGAAAAACACUGCCAGCAAAAAUACAAUGUAUCAUGUAUUAUGACUAUGCCUCAGUACCAAAGGAAGGGAUAUGGAAGAUUUCUCAUUGACUUCAGUUACAUGCUGUCUCGAGUGGAGGGACACCCUGGGUCUCCUGAGAAACCCCUCUCAGAGCUCGGCAAAGUCAGCUACCUGGCUUACUGGAAAAGUGUCAUCAUAGAAUACCUCCACAAGUACCAAGACUCCAGGAUCACCAUAAAAGGGAUGAGUCGUGCCACUGGUAUGUGUCCACAUGAUAUUGCUCACUCCCUUGAGAUGUUAAAUAUGAUAGCUCAGAAGGAAGACAAGAUUGUGAUUGCUGUGAAUAAAGAGCUAGUUAAGGAACACAUGGAGAAAUUGGAGGCCAAGAAGCACCUCAGGAUAGAGCUUGACCAGGACUGUCUGCGCUGGACACCACUGAUAUCUAACUACGUCAUCAGUGAGGAAGAGCGCAAGGCUGAAUCAGAGCUGAGAGAAAUGACCCAGAUGGUGAACAGUAUAGCUGAGGACAUGGAAUGGAUUGAAACAGUCAGUCCCACAGUCAGUCCAGAGAAAAGUCGCCUCUUUCUGGAUGUGCGAAGUCCUAAAAUCAUGGAUGCUUUAGCAAGUCCUACAAAACUGGCAGCUGAAGCCAAAAAUUCCACCAGUCCAUUUAAAGCAGAGGAGACCCUGAUAAAAACUCCACUGAAGGAGGACAGUGAGGACUCGUCAGACUCUGAGGAGGAAGACAAGCCUGUCAAGUCAAGGAAAGAAUCUCCUAAAAAUGAGGAUACACCAAGUCCUUCAAAGAGAAAGGUUGGACGACCUCCAGGUUCUAGGAAAAGAAAAUUGCCAGAAUCUGUUUUGGAUUCUCAAGAAUCCAAGAAGAAAAAGGAGGAGAAGGAAUCCAAAGACAAUGACUCUGUGGAUCAUAGUGGAAAAGAGAAUGAUGAACAGCCAGUAAGACAGAGCAGCAAUUCAAAGAAAACUGAGGAUGUGCCUAAACCCAAGGGCCGUAGGGGCUGGCCUAAAGGAGUACCAAGGACCCCCGUAGGAAAUGUCCCUCCCAAGAAAAAGGGAAGGCCACCUAAGAAUUCAAACAGAACACUGGCAGAGUCAAAUAUAGGAACCACUUCAGAGAAAAAUCACACAAAAACAAAUGAAAAACCUGAAAACUGUGACAAAGGCAGCUGUGAUAUUAAAGACCAGUCUUCCAGUAGAGAGAGUGCUUUGUUCUCAAAAAUCAGUGAUGAACACGACGGCAGUGUUAAGUCGCCUGGUGGUAAUAUCGAUCUAGACGAUCUGUCCAAAGAGCUGGCUUCUGGUCCUAGAGAUUCGGAUAGUUCAGACAGUGACAGUGAUAGUGACAAUGAGAAUGUGAGCCGUGAGAUUGAGGAAGCCGUGCAAGCUCUGAAGGACGCUGAACAGUCGGACAUCGAGGACAUGCAGAAUGAUCUGCAUGACAUCGUUAAAAAGGAUGACGAUGAGACGGAGCAGCAGAGAGAACGUCAGACUCCCGACGACCUGCCUAUUCCUGAUCCCAGUCCUGCUCCUAUAGCAAUAGGAGGAGACUGUAUAUCAGAUACAAACAGUGAUAUUCCAGCUCCUUUGACACCUCAGGUUCCUACCCCAAGCCAAGAUCCCUCUACACCUGAUAAUAGUUUGGUGAAGUCCCAUUCACAAGAAGAGACCCCUUGCAUUGGACCAAAUAAAGAAACUUUGCAGGAAUGCAAAUUGGAUAAUAAGUUGGAUGGUUUGAAAUCCUCUGGAUCACCACUGGAGGACCCAGCACAUGAAACAGAUGAUGAUGAUAUUCCCAGUGAUGAUAAUUUCCCAGAGGAUGACAUCAACUCUCCAUUGUGUAAUGCAAGGACUUUUGAAAAUUCUUUGAACAGUGACAUACAAAGCAAUUUUGAACAAAUCACAAACACAAGUGCAAAUAAUUCAAUCCAAUCCAAUGAACAAAUGACUCCUCAAAGUAACUUAAACAAUUGUGUAGAAACUCCCCCCUCGGUCCCAUCAGUGAAGUUGUCUCCUCACCCCACCACUUCACAGCAUCAACCAAACUUAGUUCAGCAACCACACUUACAAAACCAAACUUGUUCAAACAUGCAGUCUGUCUUCACACCACAACCAAAUGGCAUGAACAAUAUUCAGCCAGGUUCAAACCUUGGCAGCAGUUAUGGAGGUGUUGACAUUGAUGUUGUUACUCAGAUGGACUUAGAAUCUCCAACGUCAAUCAGCAGUAGUGAACUGCAGAAUCCCAUCAGUUCUGGCACUGAUACAGUGGGUGUGUCCAUUGUUCAACAGACUCAGACCCUGAACACCAUACAGAAUACAGCACCUGCCCUGAUAGGCAGCUACUCCGACUGUGCACAGCAAAUGCCUCAGCCCUACCAGCAAGUUAAUGUGAUGCAAGGAGCUCGCUAUAUGGACAUGGUCAGCAGUAAUUCUGGUGGUUACAGUAUGCCAAUGGUAGCCCCUUCAACAAAUCCGAUGCCUUACUGCUCCACACCUGGCAGUUCAUAUACUUCUGUGUUAUUACCGCAGAACUCCAACCAGAGACUGACCCAUAGUGCCACGCCUUGUCCACUACCUCAGGUACCCAUCAAUAGACAGAACAGUGCCCCGGCAGGCUAUUCAGCAAAUGGCUGUAAUCUGUCCAAGCUUCAGCAACUGACCAACAGUUUAGAAAUGAAUGGCAUGCCCGAGAACCAGAUGACGCCUCCCCCCACAAUGACGCCACCUCCGCCUCACAUGACACCAUCACCCUCCAUGAUCCGUAACCUUGCCACACCUCCCGUCCCUAACCUCCCCUCACAAACAGUUUCUGGUGUAUCCCUGCAGCAGGCCUACAAACAAUACCAGAGGCCGCGGAACACUCGCAAGAGCCCAUCUGGAAACCCCAACAUGACCUCAUUUACACCAAAUGUGACAAUUCGUACAGGAUCCAACAUGCUCGUCAGCAAUUACGGUAACAUUCAGGACAUUUAUCGAAUGCAGCAACAAACACUGAACCCGAGUUACAUGAAUCACCAUGGCUUCAUCAACUCUCGUCUACAGACCCCCCAGCUUUCUAUGCAGAUGUUCCCCAAUAUGAACAUGAAUGUGAACCCCCAGCAACAUUUUCAGCAACAUAUGCAACCCCCACAGUCCAACAACAUGUACACUUAUGGCUAUAUCAACAGUCAGCUGGGGCCCUCCCUUAACAAUGGUGUCAUGAGGAGGUAGCUACUAGAGGAACUUUGUGAUAUUAGGUGUAGAAUAAUAUUCCUUAUUUAUUUUGUUUGCCUUUAUGUGAACAAUUUUGUGAAAAUGGUACUGUGUACACUAGUUUUAUUCCAAGUGACCUAAUUAAAAACCGCAGCAUCAUUUAAGUUAAAAUGUAAAACUGUUUAAAUGAGAUUUCCUGAUUUUUUAGGUGCAAUACAAAAAAAUGUAUGGAACACUAGGGGGGGAAAAAUCAAACCAUGUUUACAUGCUGGGAUUUUCAAUACGCAGUUAUAAAUAUUAUAGGUUCAAAAAUCAGUUUAUUUUUAAUAUUUAUUUUUUUUUUGUAGUGUGCUCUACCUCACUAAAAUUAUUUAUGUAAAAAAUACUUGGUAGGCCUGAUUGUCUUUGAAUUGGUAUACUUGGUAUGUCUUAUAAAUUCUAAUAAAAA